AUGAGCAGAGGCGAUGUGGAUUGUUGCACAAUGAAUCGUGCUUUAUCUAAAUAUGGUGUGAAACCACUUCCACGUAAACGUGCUGUGCUACUUUUAAAAGAAAUAUAUCAUCAACUUCAUCAAUAUGAAGAAAAUGCACAGAAUCCGCUUAUUUCUAAUAAACCAAUAGAAUUAAGCCAACACAAUAAUCAUAAACAAUCACGUGAAAAUUGUUUAACAAAACGCAAGAAAUCCAAUCAUAGUAGUAAAUUAGACAAAUUGAAAACAAUCAUAUCAACUUAUCCCAUUGGUAUAGAUUAUGUAUCAAUGUUAUCAAUGAUGAGUUGUAAAAAUACAACUGAUACUACUAAUAAUACUACUGAUAAUAGUGAUAAUAAUGGUGCUACUGCCGCUGUCAUUGAUGUUGACAAUGGUGAUGAUGAUGACGAUGAUAGAAAAUUCAAUCAUCAACAGACAUUGGUGUUACACACAACGAAGACGACGACGUCGACAACAUCAACAUCAACAAUCAUGUCGAAUUCACUGGCAUCGAAUGCAGUACCAAAUGCAUUCAAUCAUCAUAAUCUCAAUUCAAAUGAUGAAUUUCCUCAUCUGUUACAUAAUGAAGAUUUGGAGAGCUCGAAUCAAACAGAAGUGAAUCAUGUCAAGAAUAAUAAUCUACAACAAACUGUAUUGAAUUAUCUCAAGAAUAAUCCAAAUUUAUAUAUGAAUAUUUUAACUUAUACGCCAUUAGAAUUUGACAUUGUACAUAGUAUGCUUAAAUCUGAUGGUAUUCUUAUUGGACAACAGAAAUUAAUGGAUCUGUUUGAUGAUCAGUGUAUCACAUUCACAUUACGUAAUCGUGCACGACGACACCGUAACCGAGGUCAUAAUGCAUUGUCGAAACGAUCAGCAUCAUCAUCAUCAUCAGCUAAGUCGAGUAGAAAUUCCCUCCACUAUUGA